UUACAACCUUUAUCAGUAGAGAGAUUGUUGGCAGAGUCAGCUGGUGCUUGUAUAGUCGUAAUAAGCACUCGGUUUCUGGCGCUCGACUCUCUUCAUAUUUAUAAUCUUGUACUGCAGCCCGAGGCAUUCAGUUAGUCGUUGACCGUUCAAUCGGCCGGUAAAUCGAACAGUGGAUCUUCAAAUCAAAAAAAAAUCAAAAGAACGGCCUAAAAAUCUUAAGUUUUCUUCUAUUUUUUUUUUCGGAGGAAAAGUGAGUGGGAUUGUUAUCUUUUGCAAUAUUUUGCCAGUUUUGCAAAUGUUUAGCUGCAAGAAGAGAGAAAUUCUGGUUCUAUGUAGAAUUUCAUGAGAAUGCAAGAAUUAUUGCACGAUAUUUCCUGAUAUAAUUUAUUUUUGGAUGUGUGACUCCGUGAGCAAAUGUUUGCCAAGUCAAAAUACAAAUAAAUUAUGCAGAAUUACUAGUGAAAGAGACGCCUUAAGUGAAACGUGGUAGAUUUGCAAUUGGAAAAUUACUGUGAUACUUUUAAUAACAAAGAGACAAACAUAGAAAAAAUUCCUCUAUUUUUUUUUUUGCUAUAAUAGACACAAAGGUUAAUAGUUAAUUAAACUGCAAUUCCUCAAAAAAUAUAAACAAUUAACCAAUAACACCCUGUGGCUCUACCAUGACUGGGCAGGAGACCUCAUCAUUGGUAAACAAUGGAAAAUCAGCCAAUAUUGUGGCAGCAAAGAAUGGCUAUACCAAUGGGAAUGCCUCAACAGUACAAUCACAGAGUACCAAGCAAGAAAGAGGGAAGCCCAUGAGACAAAUUCUGGCUGCUUUUGUUAGCAAUAUUGGAACAAUUAAUACUGGAUUUGCCUUUGGAUUUAGUGCGGUUGUCAUACCUCAACUCAAACAACCUGAUUCUGCUAUACCAAUUGACGAUAGUCAAGCAUCCUGGGUCGCUUCCCUGUCCUCUGCAAGUACACCGGUAGGAUGCAUUCUCAGUGGAUAUCUCAUGGAUAGAUGGGGAAGAAAAAAGACCCUCAUCGUUACAGAAGUGCCCUUAAUACUGGGAUGGCUGUUAAUUGCAUUUGCAACAAACAUCUAUAUGAUCUACAUUGGGAGACUCCUUGUAGGAUUGGGAAGUGGAAUGGUUGGUGCUCCUGCAAGAGUUUAUACAUCAGAAGUUACUCAGCCUCAUCUAAGGGGCAUGCUAACAGCAUUAGCUUCAAUUGGAAUCAGUUUAGGCGUAUUGAUUCAAUAUACUCUCGGAUCUUUUGUCACGUGGCAAAUUUUGGCGGGAGUUUCGACGAUAGUGCCAAUUCUUGCACUUGUGUUCAUGAUCUUCAUGCCGGAAACCCCAAAUUUCUUGAUUGUUAAACAGAAACCUGAGAAAGCUACUAAAAGCCUGGCCAAAUUGCGUGGAUCAACGUACGAUGUUGAACGUGAAGUGGAUCAAUUGCAGAAUUUUGCCAUGAAAAAUAAUACAAAUGUUAAGAUGACACCUAAGGAGACUUUAGCUGCUAUUAUGAGCCCAUCAGCUCUUAAACCUUUCGGUAUCCUCUUUCUCUACUUCAUGAUGUAUCAGUUCAGUGGUGUCAACACGAUCACCUUCUAUGCUGUAGAGAUUUUCCAGGAUUCAGGCACCAAUAUGGAUAAGAAUAUGUGUACAAUUGUUCUUGGGGUUGUCCGAUUGGCCUUUACGGUUAUUGCAUGCGUAGCGCUGAGAAAAUGCGGUCGACGGCCUCUUACAUUUAUUUCCGGAAUCGGGUGCGGAGUGAGCAUGAUCGGACUUGGCGUUUAUCUCUACUAUAAAUAUCAGUGGGAUCAUGCUGAGCCACCUAUUGAAGCAGUCAACACUUGGUUUCCUGUCGCGUGUAUAUUUGUCUUCACAAUUACGUGUACUUUGGGCUUCCUCGUUGUGCCUUGGGUGAUGAUUGGUGAGCUGUAUCCGCAGAGAGUUCGAGGGAUUAUUGGUGGAAUGACCACAUGUUCAGCUCACAUCUUUGUCUUCAUUGUCGUCAAAACUUAUCCUUUCCUCUCAUCUAUACUCUAUCAGCACGGAACUUUUAUGCUCUAUGGAUGCAUAUCUCUAAUAGGAUGUAUAUUUUUCUACAAAUGCCUUCCGGAAACCAAGGGCAAAAGUCUUCAGGAGAUUGAGGAUUACUUCUCUGGUAGAAUAUCGACCCUGAAAACAAAGAAAGGCGCAUCAGUUUUACCAAAUUAUGACAACAAUCUUAACAAUACAAAACCACCAAUUAUUUCAGUGGAAAAGGACAAAUUGUUGUCAUCAUGAGAAUACUACAAAUGCCUUUAGGUGCUAAUAUACUUAUUCAAAUCAAUAGAUGUAAAAUAUUAAGUGAUAUUUAAAAAAAUCCUAUUAGAUAAGGUUGCUAGCUUUUAUAAAGAUUACCAAAAUAGAUUUAGGUAGAUAAAUCAAUAAAAUUUUUAAUUUUCUAGCAAAAGAAUACCUCAGUGAAUACGAAAACAAAUUUAAACUAUUGUGAUAAGUUCCAUUUACAUUUGCAAAAUUUAGAUAUUUUGUAAAAGGAGAGUGUGCACAAGUUAUUAAAAAAAAAGGUAAAACUGAAAAUAAUUUUGAUCGUUAGUUCGGAGAACAGUAUUUUUUGAUAUUUUCUAAUUAUUAACUGCUGAUGUGUGUACACAAAACAAGGUACUGCAGAACAGUGAAAAGAAAUAAAAUAGUUAAAGCAC